AUGGAGAACAAAUUUAAAGCAGCAAUUGACAAAAUUGUCAGCAGUAAAAAGAGAGGUGACAAUAUAUUUUAUUUUAGUUUUGAAGAAUACAACAACAAGAUUCAAAAAAUAAAAGAAUUAAAAAUUGGAACACUAAAAAAAACGGUAACGAAUAAAAGACUUAUACGUAAAUAUGAUGUUGUGUCAAUUGGGGGAAAAGAAAAAUUGAUUAAACCUAUAGUUGAUAAUGAAUCUGACGUUUUAUAUUACGUCACAGUAGACGAGUUGUUUGAAGUAAUUCAUGCCGCACAUUUAUCAGUAGGGCAUGGUGGUAGAAAUAGGAUGAUGGCUGUGUUAAAAACAAAAUAUUGUAAUGUGACAACGGAGGCAGUUAUGGCAUAUUUAGGUUUAUGCAGUAAUUGUCAAGUAAAACAAUCAAAUCCGAAAAGAGGGCUUGUGACAAAACCAAUUCUACAUUCCGCAUUUAAUUCAAGAGCGCAAAUUGAUUUGAUUGACAUGCAAUCUCAAAACUAUAAUAAUUAUCGCUAUAUAAUGAAUUAUCAAGAUCAUUUAACGAAAUUUGUUAUUUUAAAACCUCUGAAGACAAAAAGGGCCGAAGAAAUCGCUUUAAAUUUGAUAGAUAUUUAUACAAUAUUUGGUGCACCCGCUAUACUCCACUCGGAUAAUGGUCGUGAGUUUGUUAAUUCUAUUAUAACAAAUUUAAAUGAAAUGUGGGGAGACAUCAAAAUUGUGCAUGGCAAGCCUCGUCAUAGCCAGACCCAAGGAUCAAUUGAACGCGCGAAUAGGGACGUUGAAGAAAUUUUGGCUUCUUGGAUGACUGAUAAUAAAUCAAAAGACUGGCCAAUGGCAUUAAAAUUUGUGCAAUUUCAAAAAAAUCGGGCUUUGAACUCAGGUAUUGGAAGAUCACCAUACGAGGCGAUGUUUGGUUGUACAGCGAGAACAGGGUUAGCUUCAGUAGGGAUACCUUACGAUGAAAUAGAAAAACUUAAGUCAGAAGAGGAUAUUGAAGAACUAUUUAAUAACAGCAACCAUUCAGAUCAUAUUAAUGCAGUAGAAGACGAUUUAGUCAGUGUUGGAGAUCUUGAAAAUGAAGUAAACUUGGAGACUGAAAAUGAUUUAAGAAAUACUAAAGACAUAGAUAAAAGGAUUGAAAAAAUUAAAGACCAACGACAAAAAUCGGUUAUCUGUCUUGAAAAACAAGCGUCAAAAAUGUUGAGAUUGACUAACGAAAAAUUUUCAAAGCUUGAUGUCGGUACAACUGUUCGUGUCCCAAUACCAGAUGUCGAUAGAGCACGAGGUUCUCCGCGUAAUUUACUUGCUGUUAUUAUUUCAUGCGAAAAUGACAUGUAUAAAUUAUGUACAGAAUAUGGGGUGUUGAAACACAAAUAUACACGAGCACAAAUUUCUCCGUGUAAAGAAAAAUUUCUAGAGCUAGAUGAAGCCAUGAAAAAAAUUAAAGACAGGGAAAUAACAUUAAGAGAAGCCGCAGGACACGGAAUAGCUGGUCAUCAAGGAUUUAAUCGAUGCAACUGCAAAACUGGUUGUGGUACUAAAAAAUGUGCUUGCAAUGCAGCGGAAAUGUUGUGCAGUUCAAAAUGUCAUGGAAACCAAAAUUGUACAAAUAAAUAA